ACCGGGACAAUACUUGGCGUUGGCUUCAGAGCAAAGGUGCCGUCCCCGGGGGUCGCCCUCUGUCUGUUCCCCCCCUCCCUUUCCCCUCUCGGGCUCAGUGGUCCCAAAGCUGCCUCAUCCCGCCGAAGAGACCCCUAUAUGGGGGGGGCGAUGGGGGGAAGGGCAAGCCAUAAAUGCACCUUUUUACAUCUCGCCCGUGAGGUCAGGAAAGUCCACAAGGAAAACAUGUGCUGCGCGCUGGAGAGGCCGCAUAAUGGCUCCAUUCAGCCCGGCCGCGGGGCGCUGGUGCCCCCUCCUCAAAUUACAGUUUCCGAAGGAGGUUUUGCCAGAGCAGCACAGCCUCAGUACUCGGCAGGGGGGGAGGGAGGUUGCACCGGGUCUCCACAUCCCCCUGUAAAACCGGUGCCCAGCAAAGCUGUCGCUUAGGGUGGCAGUGGGGCUGCAAGUGGUGACCCUUGGGGCCAGCCCAAGAAGCUGCGUCCAUGCAGUUCUGUGGAUUGCAUAGGGUAGGAGAAAGGGAUGUGUUUUGGAACUGUUUGGUUUGCUGUGUGCUAAAUGUGACUGCUCCUCUUGAGCUCAAAGCUCUUGUUAAGUUACCAUGUCCCCCUUCUGUUGGAGAAGCAGGGGUGCAGGGUGAUGAGUGCAAGCGCUGUGUGUGUGGGAAUUGCUGUCUCCCUAACUCUCCUUUGGCCAUUCUUUUCCUGUACGAAGAAUUUCCUUUUUGCCACACAAGGUACGGAGUGACGGGUGGUGUGGAGAAAGAAGGGGCUCAGCACCAGGGUGAUGCUGCUCCCCGGUUUGGUGUGGUGUGUGAGCACUGGGAUGGGCAUGCAGCUGGAGCAGGUGGCAGCGGUGCUCUGGGCUGUGGGGUUUUCACCUCCAUCCAUUUGUGCAGCUCCCAAACUCUCAGUAGGAUGCAGGACGUGGGAUGCUCAGUGGGAUGCAGACAACUCCCAGGAGCAGGGACAGCUCGGGCUUUGCCCCAUUAUGCGCUCCUUUUCAUCUGCACCAGUGAAAUCCCCAUCAGUUUGGCAAAGUGAUUCUUUUUCCCCUUUCUCGAGGGGAAAAGGCAGUAAAACAGAAAGAGAAGGGAUGUGCCGAGGGAAGCAACGGGUCCGUGGGCAACCUGAAGGAUGCUCUGAGGCUGAGCCCCGGUCCCAGCUGUGCUGUGGGGUGCAGGGAGGUGGGUCAAGCUUUGAAAUCUGAGCGCGUUGGUUUGCUGUCAGAGCAGCUGAUAAGGGAGGGGAGGCUGAGGAGGGAGGUGUCGGACACGGCCCAGCAGAGGCGAUUAGCUAUCUGCCAGGAGAUAGCUUUAAUCCCAGUGCUGCGUGUGGGCUGCCCUAAGGACCCACUCAUGGUGCUUCAGUCACAGUGCAGCGCUAUGGGCGCCGUGGUCCUUCCUUGGGCAGGAUGACCCCCUUCCCACCCAUCCCCAGCAGAGCUCAUGGGGCUUUUGGGGAAUGAGACCGCACGGGCACAGCUCGUUGGACUCCAUCGUGGCACAUUUUCAACCCAUGGAGCCCGGUGGAUUUCACUUUGGGUCCUCCUGUCCCCUCACGGAGAAGCUUUGAUUGGUGCCCCAUUGCCUUUCCUUGUGUGUUUCAUCUCCCUUCCAGGGCACAGACCCUGCUCCAGCCCUGGGCUCAAUCACAGCGCUGUGUAAUCUCACUGACGGACGGAAUGGAUGGAGCUAUUUUGGUCUCCAGCUGCAAGGCAUUUUUUCCAGGCCCUGAAUCAUUUUUGUGGUUCCUUUCUGCCUCCCGUCCAAUUUUUCAACAUCUUCCACGAGAGGCGGCCACGGUGCUCCCAUGUUGGUGCUGCCCCAUUCGGCCCAGCCCGUGUCCCACCGGGGGCUGCUCCCUGCUACCCCCCAGCCCACAGCAGCUCCUUCUGGCAGCCAGACGUGGUCCUGUGACUGCGCUGCGUUUCACGAAUACUUCCUCGCUGUCUCCUCCUCCUCUUCUGCAUUUGUUACAUAUAAAGGAAAAAAAAAAAAAAAAAAAAAGAAAAGCUUUGCAUUCCAGGCUCUGCCACUGGUCCAGCCCAUGUCAAGUUUUCCUCGACUGCAGCAUGCCUUUGGAUUGCUCCAGAGCCUCCAGGAUUGCUCCCAUCCAUAGGGUAUAGCUCCAGUUGUGCGGGCAAAGCUGCACGAAUUGAAGGAUGUAAUGGGUUUGUGCUGAGAAGGGGACGUCCCCUCCGCAUGGGGUGUCCCUGUGCCCCUCUUCUGAGGGCUGUAGUGGUUGAGAGGGGAUGGGGCGAGAUGCCACCAUCCUACCUUGGGAUGCCAUCCCCGUGCUGCCACGAUGCCAGGCACCAAACCCAUCUGUAGGUUCCCAUAAGCACUCCUUGGCUUUGCCCAGGCUUUCCUCCCUCCUAUCUAUUAUUUUCCAGUGCCUUGGUUAAGAAUACGCUCAUUUUAGUCUAUCCUUUAAAUCACAUCUGGUGGUAAAAUAAUCCGCGCCAUUUUCUGCACGUGGGGCACACAGAUGUUGGGUAUGGUCAUCCCACGCCCAGCACUGCUGCUGUUUUCCUCCUUGUUCUCUGCUGAGCCCUGCACUGAGCUGGGUGCCCAUGCAUGGCAGAAUUGGUUCUUGACAUCAUCACAGCAUCGCUGGCAGGUUUCCAGGAAGGACAGCAGCUUUCCAGAUAUCCCAACCAUUUGUGGACUUAUUUUUCCUGCAGCUCCUCGGUGCUCGUGUGCUGCCCAGGAUGGAGGCAACAAGGAAGCGAGUGUCUGAUAGCCGUCUGCGAAGGGAAUUUCACCUGCAAGGAGAACGAGGUGUGCGUGAGACCCGGCGAGUGCCGCUGCCGCCACGGCUACUUCGGUGCCAACUGCGACACCAAGUGUCCCCGUCAGUUCUGGGGCCCCGACUGCAAGGAGAUGUGCAGCUGCCACCCCAAUGGGCAGUGUGAAGAUGUGACGGGUCAGUGCACCUGCAACCCCAACCGCUGGGGCCCCAAAUGUGAGAACAUCUGCCUCUGCAAGCACGGCAAAUGCGACCAGAAGACGGGCAAGUGCACCUGUGAGCCCAACUGGUGGGGUCCCCAAUGCUCCAGCUCCUGCUAUUGCAGCCACAAUUCCCAGUGCGACCAGCAGACAGGAAACUGCCUGUGCCAGCCGGGCUGGUGGGGCCGUGGCUGUAACAACCAAUGCUCUUGCAACAACUCACCCUGUGAACAGUUCACCGGGCGCUGCCAGUGCCGUGAGCGCACCUUUGGGCCCCGCUGUGACCGCUACUGCCAGUGCUACAAGGGGAAGUGCAACCAGGUGGAUGGCACCUGCACCUGUGAGCCGGGCUACCGCGGCAAGUACUGCCGUGAGCCGUGCCCAGCUGGCUUCUAUGGGCAAGGCUGCAGGAGGAGGUGUGGGCAGUGCAAGAGCCUGCAGCCCUGCACCGUGGCAGAUGGGCGCUGCCUGACGUGUGAGGCGGGUUGGAAUGGCACCAAGUGUGACCAGCCCUGCUCGCCUGGUUUCUAUGGGGAGGGCUGCGAGAAGCUCUGCCCCCCCUGCAAGGAUGGCCACACCUGCAACCAUAUCAAUGGCAAGUGUUCACACUGCAACCCCGGCUGGAUUGGAGACAGGUGUGAAACCAAGUGCCGCAACGGGACGUAUGGGGAGAACUGUGCCUUCGUCUGCAGCGACUGCGUCAGCGGCGAAUGCCACUUCGAGACGGGCCGCUGCCUGUGCCGCGCCGGCUCCCAUGGCACAUACUGUAACCUCACCUGCCCGCCCGGCCACUAUGGAGCCAACUGUGCUCAAGCCUGCAGCUGCCACGACGGUGCCUGCGACCCGCUGACGGGCGCCUGCCACAUGGAGGCCAACCAACGGAUGGGGGUGAUUGGGGCCGGAGCUCUGCUGGCGCUGCUGCUCAUCCUCCUGCUGUCGCUGCUCUGCUGCUGCUGCGUCUGCCGCAAGAAGGAUGAAGGGCACGGAGCAAAUCAGGACCCGGUGGCAGCCAAGAAGCCUCCGAGACGCUUGUGUGGGCGCUUCAGCCGCAUCAGCAUGAAGCUGCCACGCAUCCCCCUGCGCCGCCAGAAGAUGCCCAAGGUCGUAGUAGCUCACCACGACCUGGAGAACACACUGAACUGCAGCUUCAUCGAGCCACCUUCAGUGGUGGAGCAGCCUUCCCCGUCCUGGUCAUCCCGUGGUUCCUUCUCCUCCUUUGACACCACGGAUGAGGGGCCAGUGUACUGCGUGCCCCAUGAAGAGAGCGUGGGUGACAGCAGGGACAGAGCACCGUCCUCCAGCCCCGGUGAGAAGCUCGUGGCCCCAGCCAGCGGGGAGGAGGCAGCCGAGUACAGCUUCCUGAAGGAGACGGGCUCUGUCAAGGCCUUCCAUGCCGACAGCAGCGAAACACCCCUGCUCAAGUCCUCGGACAGCGAGCGCUCAUCCUGCGGGUCAGGCUCGGCCAGCGCCGCGCUCUAUGCCAAGGUCGCCCGCCUCUCCAAGCAUUCCAAGGAGGAGGAGGAGACAGCGCUGUCCCCAGAGAGAACCAAGCCCCGUCCUCCCGACCCGUCCACCAAGCCCAAGGUAUCCUGGAUCCACAGCCGUUACAACUCCAGCCAGUCCAACUCGCUGCCCAGCCGCUCCCCAGAGCCAGCGGCCGCCCGGCCCAGCAGCCCCGAGCACGGCCAAGGUUUGGCCAAGAGGAAGAGGAGCCCCAGCGAGACGUCGGCUGGUGUGCAUGGCAAAGCAGAGGAGAAGGGCGGCGGUGGCACACGUGGCAAGGAGAGACCGCAGAAGCACGCCAAGGAGCCCGGUGUCCCCGAGGGCAAAGCCAACCUUGCCACAGAGCCCCAGUCGCCUUCAAAACCCAAGCAGAGGAGCAAGGCCAGCUCAGAGCAGAUGGAGAAUAUCAACGGGGCGGUGCAGAACGCCUUCAAAAAGAUGGGCGGCUUCCAUGCAGAGCGGCGGGCCGGGGAGGCGCCACGCAGCCCCAGUGCCGGCAAGCCGCGCUCCGAGGCUCUCCAUCCCCACCUGGCCUCCGAGGCAGCCACGCUGCUGGCAGCCCAGCUGAAGGAAAAGACUCAGAGCCUCAACAAGGCGGAGGGCAGCGCCCGGCCCAACGGGGUGGGGGCCCAGCGGGAGAAGCCCACCCCACCCCAAAAAGCCAAGCGCUCGGCAGCCGCCGGCAGCCAGAAGGCCAGCAAGCCCCUGCUGCCCACCUCUCCCAACCUGCAGAAACUGAUCCCCGCCACGGCCGAGCCGGCGGCUGGGGGCGAGCCCAGGCGGGUGGAGAAACAAACCGCGGUCAGCAGCCAGGACCCGGCUCCUCCGGGCGAGCAGACAGCCAAGAAGACACCCAUUAAAAAGCCCCCCAGGAAGAAGAGCCGAGAAGCCACCCUGGAGCCGCCCAAAGCAGCCGUGGUGCCCACGCAGACGGUGCCGUAAUGGGGAGCUGGGCACCUGGGAAGGACUUGUGGUGCCUGGACUGGAAGAGCCCCCAACCUCCUCAUUCCACAUCUCUCCCCUCAUCCCCUUUUCUCCUGUCAGCCCAUCUCCUCCACUGUCCCUGGACCUGGUACCCCCCUGGCGCUGUGCUCUCCACGCAGGGAUGCAGGAGCCGGGGGCCCCCCCCCUUUUUUUGUAGCAGUAUUAUCGAUCGCAUAAGCAGUGCUUGUUGUACUAGACGUACCCAUGUUAUAUUCUGCAGUAACGGAGCCGCUCGCUUCCCACGCCCCACUCCACUCUGCCAGGUCCCCACCGCAGUGCGGGGGCAAAGGGGAUGGAUGACACACGGGGCCAUCGCCGGGGACAUCCCCGUGUCCUCACCCAGACCUCCCUGCACUGCCACGUCAGCUUCUCCCCUCUCGGAGGUGCAGCCCCCGGUGCCGCCGCACCGCUCCCAGCGUGGGGUCGAGCUGGUUUCGACCGAUGCCCCUGGCCCCAGGGCUGCUUGUGCUAGGAGCGGCAGCAGGAAAGCACUAUUUAAGGCCCGGGCUGCACAGCACUUGGGGAGGCUGUUGUGGCUUCAGGAGGGAUCUGGCCAGUGGAGUCAGGUAGAUGGGUUUGGUACGACAGAGCCUGGCAUCUCUG